AGGGCCCUUCCCUUUCCUCCUGUCUGCAAUUAAAGCACUUAAACCUUUCCCAUUCAAUUAUGUUUCUAUAUUUGUCUCCUCACACCAAAUUUACCCUCCUGGUGCAUCUCCAGUGGAACUUCGCCCUCCCUGAAUUCCAGGCCCCAGAAUUCCGGAAUUCUCUGAAAUCCUGUCAGAGUGAAGGGAAGGGAAAGCAAAAAGCAGUAACAGCACAGAGGACUCAGAGCGGUUUUCCCUCAUUCUUCUUACUCUGCUUCUGCUGCAAAAGUUGUUGCUUAUGUGACACCACCCCCCCCAAAAACGAUAAAUGAAGUGGAUUAAGAGAUUAGCUCAUCACAGAGAAAAUUCCACCCUCCUAAUCUCCUGCUGGGCCUGUAAUCUGCAAGACUUUCCCAUUUUACCUCUUUUCUAUUUUAACUCUGAACUCUUAAUGCCUGGCAGGAGCCCACCGCCCCCCAACCUUAUUGGCUGGGGAGGGAUUUGCUGGCUACUUAAAUAUCACCUUCCCCUCCAAAGAGGGAUUUGUGCUUUUGGGUUUCCCCAGGAGGACGAGUCUCCUGUGUCCAUCGCCGCUGGAAUCCGGGCAGCACCAGGCACUUCAGGUGUUCCUGAUGCUCUGACCCCUGCAGUGCUGGGGACAUCUGGGCUUUGAAGGCAAAGAAGCAGAAUUGUGAAUUUUUUUCCCUCCUAAAUUUCACAAACGCUCCGUUUUUGGCUGCAAAGGGAGCAGAGCUUGGUGUGGAGAUGGGGAACAUGGACGGGAAAACCGUGGAGGAGCUGAGCACCACCGAGUGCCACCAGUGGUACAAGAAGUUCAUGACGGAGUGUCCUUCUGGCCAGCUCACCCUCUACGAGUUCAAACAGUUUUUUGGCUUGAAAAACCUGAGUCCGGCAGCGAACAAAUACGUUGAGCAAAUGUUUGAGACGUUUGACUUUAAUAAGGAUGGCUACAUAGAUUUUAUGGAAUAUGUGGCAGCUCUGAGCCUGGUGCUGAAGGGGAAGGUGGAUCAGAAGCUGAGGUGGUAUUUCAAGCUCUACGACGUGGAUGGGAACGGCUGCAUCGACAGGGCUGAGCUGCUGAACAUCAUCAAAGCCAUUCGAUCCAUCAACCGCUGUAACGAGAAGAUGACGGCGGAGGAGUUCACAGACAUGGUGUUCAACAAAAUCGACAUCAAUGGAGAUGGGGAGCUGUCCCUGGAGGAGUUCAUGGAGGGCGUGCAGAAGGACGAGAUGCUGCUGGACAUCCUGACCCGCAGCCUGGACCUGACACACAUCGUGAGGCUGAUCCAGAACGACGGCAAGAACCCACACGAGGCGGGGCAGGACGCCCAGGCUGCCCAGUAGCUGGCAGGACGCUGUCCCUGUGCUCCCCUGGCAGCUGGGCUGGACGGGCAGCGCUGAGAGGAGAGGUCUCUGCCAGGAGAGGGUCCCACACUGACCCUGGAUGGCCUCUGGAUGAUGCUGAGCUCGGGGAGGGGACAGCCACUGCUGCCCGGGCAGGGGGAGCAGCUCGAGGCUCUGCAGGUGAAGAACCCUCCGAGAACACCCCAAAAUUCCCACCGAGGCCGUGGCUGACACCCCUCAGUGGGGUCCAGGACUUGGCCCGGAUGAGAGGGGUCCUGGAAAAGCAGCUCCAAAGCUUCUCCUUCCUUUUGUAAUUCCAGAGCAAGGAAUCAGCGGUUCUGGUCCCUCCUUCCCCCAUUCGUUAUUAUUUGGUCAGCAGUGAUUAGUGAUAACAAAGCCUUUAUGAGCUAGAGAAAGGGGAGGGGUGAACGCAGUGGCUUUUCUUUGUCUAAAAGCAUUAAAAACAUCGAAUGGUGCCUUUCUUUACCAACCCCCCGGACUGUAAGGAAACGUUUCUCCCUGAGGCAUCUGGAAGGAAGGAAGCGCUUCCAGAUAAGCAGAAUCAGCAGUGCAGAAACCGAGAGGGAGAUGAUGAUUCCUGCACGUUUCACCACCUGGGAAAGGAGCAGUGGGAGGCUUUGACCCCCACGUCUGUGAGGGGUUUGGGGGGCAGCUGCUACAGAGGGCUGAGACUCAGAGCCCCCCUGGGUGCCCGAGGAUUCCUGCUGGGUGCCCCCGCUGGGGUCGGGGCUGGGGCCGGGGUUCAGCCCCGCAGCCCCUGGAGCCCCUGGAUGCUCCUGAGCCCUGAGCCCCAGGCGUGGUGAGGCAGCACAGCACACCAGCGAGGAUCUCUUGCCCAGCUGAGGGUUCUGUUAUUUAGCACUGGGUGUUUGCAAUUCACAAACAGCUUCCUGGCCGUUUUUCCUGUGUGUCUUUUUC